AUGAAUGGCAAAAUUCUUGGCUCCGCGGUUUCUCUCAUCCUCGUUGUAGGUGUUGUCAUUGGCGUAGUUGCUGUUGUCCAAAGCCCAAAAGGGAACAGCAACAAUGGUGGUGGUGGAUCAGGGUUGAGUAACCACAACAGGGCUGUAGCAUCAUUGUGCCAAAACUCCGAUGACCAGAAACUCUGCCACGAUGUUCUGUCCCCUGUGAACUCCACCGACCCAAAGGACUACAUAGCAACCGUGGUGAAAACCUCCAUGGACAGCGUCAUUAAAGCCUUCAACAUGAGCGACCAGCUCACAGUGGAGCAUGGCAACAAAAGCACCGGCGUGAAGAUGGCCCUUGACGAUUGCAAAGACUUGUUACAAUCCGCAAUCCAAGAGCUCGACGCUUCGGGUGUUUUCGUCCAACAAAGCAGCAUUCAGGACGUGAACACACGCGCCGCCGAACUCAAGAACUGGUUGGGAGCUGUGGUUGCUUACCAACAAUCUUGCUUGGAUGGGUUCAACACCGACGGUGAGAAGCAAGUGCAAGAGCAGUUGCAAACCGGAAGCUUGGACAACGUUGAAAAACUCACUGGCUUGGCACUUGAUAUCGUGUCUGGAAUUGCACACAUUCUCUCUGCCUUUGACCUUAACUUGGCUCUGAAACCCGCUUCUCGUCGCCUUCUCGAGGUUGAUCAUGAGGGUUACCCCACGUGGCUUUCCUCUGCUGAUCGUAAGCUUUUGGGUAAGCUCGACGAACCUAACCAGGGUGGAAUUCUUCCCCAUGCUAUAGUGGCUCAAGAUGGAAGUGGCCAAUUUAAAACUAUUUUGGAUGCUAUUAAUUCUUACCCUAAGAAGCACCAAGGUAGGUUCCUCAUCUACGUUAAGGCUGGUAUCUAUGAUGAGUACAUCCUCGUUGACAAGAAGAAGCCCAACAUUCUCUUGUACGGUGAUGGCCCAACCAAGACCAUCAUCACCGGAAACAAAAACUUCAAUGCCGGUGUAAAGACAAUAAGAACCGCCACCUUCUCUACUGCUGCUGAUGAUUUCAUUGCCAAGUCAAUUGCAUUCGAGAAUACCGCUGGUUGGGAGGGACAUCAAGCAGUGGCACUACGUGUCCAAGGUGAUCGUUCAGCAUUCUUUGAUUGCGCACUCAGAGGUUAUCAAGAUACAUUGUACGCACAUGCCCACCGUCAGUUUUACCGCAACUGCGAGAUCUCAGGAACAAUCGAUUUCAUCUUCGGCUAUUCCUCAACCUUGAUCCAGAACUCCAAGAUCCUAGUGAGGAAGCCUGGCCCAAACCAACAGAACAUUGUGGUGGCUGAUGGCACUGGCCAGAAGAGCAUGCCCACCGGAAUAGUCCUUCAGAACUGCCAGAUCAUGGCCGAUGCUGAACUCGUCGCUGACCGCUUGACCGUGAAGUCUUACUUGGCAAGGCCAUGGAAGGCGUUUUCAAGGGCAGUGUUCAUUGAGAAUGAUAUUGGUGACUUGAUUCAACCUGAUGGUUACAUUCCAUGGAACACCGUUGAACCAAACACUGAGAACUGUUACUUCGCUGAGUUUGGCAACACUGGACCUGGUUCUGUUGUUAAAGCUAGGGCACCUUUUGCCAAAGGUCUUAUUAGCAAAGAGGAAGCUACUCAAUUCACUGCUGAAAAUUGGCUCCAAGCUAGCACUUGGUUGCCUGCCGCUGGCAUUCCUUUUGAUGCUAGUUUCACCAAGGCUUAA